AUGAAAGCCAUUACCUUUCUUCUCCUACUAAUCAUCACAACUAUCCAAAAAAACCAGCAGGCAGCCUUCUCAUCUCCGCCGCCGGACAACGAGACCAUAUACGAAAUCUCAAAACAGCUGUGCUGGCACUGCCUGACGGAGUCCGUGCAGUUCCUGUACGGCCACAACCUUGUCCGCGCCAGGAAGUUGGAGCUCCCACUCGCGUGGGACCCACAGCUGGCGAACUACGCCAACUGGUGGGCCCGGCAGAGGCAGGGGGACUGCAAGCUUGCCCACUCCUUUCCCGAGGGGAAUUUCAAGCUGGGGGAGAACAUCUUCUGGGGCGGGGGCUCCGGGUGGUCCCCAAUGGACGCCGUGGGCUCGUGGGCCGAAGAGGAGAAGUAUUAUGAUUACGAGAGAAACAGCUGCGCGGAGGGCCAGAUGUGCGGGCACUACACGCAGAUAGUGUGGAAGAGCACGCGGAGGAUCGGGUGCGCCAGGGUCGUUUGUGACGGUGGAGACGUCUUCAUGACUUGCAACUAUUACCCGCCCGGGAAUUAUGUCGGGGAGAAACCGUAUUGA